AUGGGAUCAGGUGGAAGAGUGUGUUGGCUUCAGCUGUGGCUCACGGCCACGCUGACAUUUUUCUUUCAGAUUUGCCCAAGUGCUGGAUCACCACUGAUGGUGAUGUCUGCCCCUAACUUGCUAAGAGUUGGAACAGAAGAAACCAUUUUUGUAGAGAUUCAAAACUAUCAGGAAGAUAAUGACCUUAGCGUGCAAAUAUUUGUAAAGAACCAUCCAACAAAAACCAGAACUCUGGCAUCCACAGCUGUGAUACUUAAGAAAGCCAAUAAGUUUCAAGAGUUUGGAAGAAUAACGAUCCCUACUGGAGAUUUCAGCAAGGAUCCCAAAGUCAAGCAGUAUGUAACCCUCCAAGCAAACAUUCAUGGGACAACUCUUGAGAAAGUUGUGUUAGUUUCCUUCCAAUCUGGCUACAUUUUUAUUCAGACCGACAAGCCCAUCUAUACCCCUAACAGCAAAGUUCAUUUCCGGAUUUUCCCCAUGACACCUGGCAUGGAGCCGCUAGAAAAACACAUUCAGUCUCAAGCAGAUACUUCAAUUACCGUUGAAGUUAUGAACCCUGCUGGCUUCAUAGUAAAGUCGAAAACUGUCUCAGCUGACUUGACAUCAAGAAUAUACUCAGAUGAUUACCAACUUACAGACAUUGUCAGUUUUGGACAAUGGAAAAUUUUAGCAAAAUUCCAUAGCAACCUUGAAGAAAGCUUUACUGCAGAGUUUGAGGUCAAAGAAUAUGUUCUUCCCAGUUUUGAAGUAAAAAUAUCACCUCCAUCUGAUAGCCCCUUCUUCUACAUAGACGGAAAGGAACUUAAUUUCACCAUCAAAGCAACGUAUAUAUUUGGUAAGGAGGUGGAUGGCACAGCUUACGUCGUGUUUGGACUCAUGCAAGGGGAUACUAAAAUUAGUUUUACAAGUUCUCUUCAGAGAGUCCCGAUCCAGGGAGGUACUGGAAUGGUCACACUAAAGAGGGAACACAUAACAAAUGCAUUUCCAAAUAUCCACCAACAGGAGGGGAAAUCUAUAUAUGUUGCUGUCAGUGUCCUGACAGAAAGUGGCAGUGAAAUGGUGGAAGCAGAGUUGAGUGGCAUCAAGAUCGUCAAAUCACCCUACAGCAUCCGCUUUACAAAAACACCCAGAUAUUUCAAACCAGGAAUGUCAUUUGAUGUUAUGGUUGAAGUCCUGAAUCCUGACAACAGUCCAGCAAAUGGUGUAAAUGUGGUGGUCGAACCUGGUCAGGUUAUGGGCAUCACAAAUGCCAAUGGCAUGAUGAGGCUUUCUGUCAAUACUGUGGCAAACUCAGGAAAUCUAAAUAUUACAGCAAAAACAAAUCAUCCAAAAAUUGAUUUUCAUAGACAAGCAUCAGCCAGCAUGGAAGUUUACCCAUAUAGAUCUAGAAGCAACAGUUUUCUUCAAUUAAGUGUAGAUACAGCUAAAGUGGAUUUAGACACAAACAUAAAGGUCACCUUCAACCUCAACAACCCUGAAACUCAACAAAAUGACAUAACAUACCUGAUCUUGAGCAGAGGUCAGCUGAUAAAAUAUUACAGAUAUAAGAACAAUAAUCAAAACCAAUUUGCCCUGAUGGUUCAAAUUACCAAAGAAAUGCUGCCAUCAUUCCGUAUUAUAGCCUACUACCACACAAGUUCCAAUGAAGUGGUAGCAGACUCUCUUUGGGUUGAUGUGGAAGACACCUGCAUGGGAAAGCUGGAGCUGAAACUAGUAGGACCUACUGCAACCUAUGAACCUCGCAAAUCAUUUAUACUGAAGAUCACAGGAGUGCCAAAGGCUUUAGUGGGACUGGUGGCUGUGGACAAUGGUGUCUAUGCAUUGAAUAACAAGAAUCGCCUGACACAGAAAAAGAUUUGGGACAUUGUGGAAAAAUAUGACACUGGCUGCACAGCAGGUGGAGGCAGUAACAACAUGAAUGUGUUCUACGACGCUGGACUCUUGUUUGAGACCAACAAUGGUGGGACACCCUACAGAACAGAUUUAGCAUGCCCUUCUACCAGUAGGAGGAAAAGAGCGACUACUAUAAUGGAAGUGAAAACCAGCUUAGUAAGGGAUUAUGAAAAUUUACAAAAAGAAUGCUGUUUGGAUGGUAUGAAGGACAUACCCAUGUCAUACACUUGUGAGAGGCGAAGUGAGUACAUUGCUGAAGGUUUAGCCUGUAAGGAAGCUUUCCUGCGCUGCUGCAAGACGAUCCAAAAAUACAAUGCUGAGAGGAGGGAAGACGUUUUACUACUAGCUCGCAGUAAGAAAGAUAACCUUUACACAGGCAGCGAUUAUGUACAUAUACGAUCCAACUUUCCUGAAAGUUGGCUAUGGUCUGACAUCACUCUAAAUCCUUGUCCUAACGAAGACCUCGACUGUACGUUAACAUCAACUGAGAUAAAGAAACCUUUACCAGACACAAUCACAACCUGGCAGCUGACUGGCAUUAGUUUGUCAAAAACUUAUGGUAUUUGUGUGUCCAGUCCAGUAGAGUUGAUAGCUUUUAAGCCUGUCUUCAUUGAUCUCAGGCUGCCAUACUCUGCUGUUGUUGGGGAACAGUUAGAAAUUAAAGCAAUUAUCCACAACUAUGGAAUUGAUCUCAUCACUGUACUUGUUAAAUAUAAAGAGCAUGCCAGUGUAUGCAGUGCAGCUUAUAAGAAAGGAUGGUUUACUGAAGUUGUUCAGGUUGGAGCCCAAUCCACACGAUCUGUACCAAUUAUCAUUAUUCCCAUGAAGCAUGGAACAGUUCCUAUCGAGGUCAUGGCAUACAAUUCAAAUAACUAUGCUGACGGAAUCAGAAAAAGUCUACGUGUGGUGCCUCAAGGUGUGCAAAGAGAAUCUUUAAAAAGACUAACUCUAGAGCCCGUUAAAAAUUCCAUAGAUGGUCGACAAAAAGAGGUUAUCAACAGUGAAGUUUCACGAAGUGAUGUGGUUCCAGGCGCACCUAUGAGAACAUUUCUUUCUCUGACAGGAUUUGAGCAGCUAAGCCCAUUGUUAGAUAAUGCCAUAACUGGAAAGUCUAUGGGUACUCUAAUCAAAGAGCCCAUGGGCUGUGGAGAACAGAAUGCGGCAGCCAUGACCCUCCCUCUCAUUGCUGCCAGAUAUUUGGACAAAGCCAACCAAUGGGAAAUUGUGGGCUUUGACAAACGCAACGAAGCAAUACAACACAUAAAAACAGGCUAUGAAACUGAGCUUAGUUUUCAAAAGAAAGAUGGAUCUUUUGCGGUUUAUCAACAUCAUAAAAGCACGACCUGGCUGACAGCAUAUGUUGCAAAGGUGUUCGCCAUGGCCUAUGAUUACGUGGCGAUUGAUCCCAAUGUGUUAUGUGGGGCCAUCAAAUUUCUUAUUCUCAAAACACAGCAACCUGAUGGUGUGUUUGUAGAAAUUGGAGAAAUAUGGGAUAAAGACAUGAUUGGAGAUGUGGGGGGUGUAGACUCAGAUGCUUCCAUGACUGCUUUUUGCGUGAUUGCCAUGCAGGAAUCAAGAACUAUCUGUUCUGGCACAGUUAGUAGUCUGCCACACAGCAUAGCCAAAGCAGUAUCCUACCUGGAGAAGCGUCUGCUCAGCAUCACCAACCCUUAUGCUGUAGCAAUGACAUCAUAUGCUCUUGCAAAUGAAAAUAAACUGAACAAGAUGGUUCUCUUUCAGUUUGCUUCCCAAGAUCGAACUCACUGGUCUGUACGUAAUCAACUAAUUUACACUCUAGAAGCCACCGCUUAUGCACUUCUUGCACUUCUCAAGGUCCAGGCUUUUGAAGAAGCUAAACCAGUUGUAAGAUGGCUCAGCCAACAGCAGAUGGAGGGUGGAGGUUAUGGAUCAACUCAGGUUACUAUUAUGGUGUACCAGGCAGUAGCAGAGUACUGCUCCAAUGUGAAAAAACCACCAUACGAUAUGAAUGUGGACAUACAAGUACAUGGAAAGACACAAAUUGACAAGUUCCAGUUUAACAGGGAAAAUCACUUUUCCGCAAGAACUUCCAACUUCAACGGUAUCAACCAGAACAUAACGGUGACUGCAACAGGAACAGGAGAAGUCAUGUUUAAUAUCUUGUCGGUGUAUUACGCUAUGCCUUCAAAACGAGUGAGUGACUGUGAGAUGUUUGAUCUGACGCUGGACCUUUCGGAAGAAAAAAUUGAUGAGACUGAAAGAAUUUACAAACUCAGAAUAGAGGUUUUGUAUAAGAACAAGGUGCAUAAUGCAUCUAUGUCAAUCUUGGAUGUUGGUUUACCAACAGGCUACAUUUUUAACAAAAAUGACCUGGACUCAAUUUCCAGUGGACAUGGCCGCAUCAUUGACAAAUAUGAGACGAACACAGCUCUGUCAGAAAAAGGCUCCCUGAUCAUUUACCUGAGAACAAUUUCUAACACACGGCCAGAGGAAAUCUCCUUCAGGAUAGAACAGAAGCACAAAGUGGGCGUCUUGCAACCAGCUGCAGUGUCAGUCUAUGAAUAUUAUAACAAGAAACAAUGUGUGAAAUUCUACCGCCCUGAAAGGCAGGACGGCGAGCUGUUGAGGCUCUGUAAAGGCGAUGCAUGUAUCUGUGCUGAAGAAAGCUGCAGUAAACAGCUCAAGGAGGGAAUCAGGAAUGAUGACCGUACUAACAAAGCUUGUGAAUCCACACAGACAAGCAAAAUAGAUUUUGUUUACAAAGUUGCAGUGGAAGGUUUUCAUGGUAAUUACACCACGGACAAAUAUUCAGUGCGCAUAUUGGAUAUCAUUAAAGAGAACCCCUUCUCCAAACGCCUAUAUAAGUACAUGUUUGGUGCGAAUACCUGGGUGGAGUACUGGCCCACAGAGAGCGAGUGCCAGACUGAGAAGUACCGACCGACUUGUUUGGGCAUGGAGGACCUGGUUGAGCAGUACCGAGACUUUGGCUGUCAUUUUAAGUGA